GUUAUCCCACCAAAGGAGUGGAAGCCAAGAAAACAUUAUAAUGAUAUUGAAGAUUUGGUGAUUCCUGCUCCAAUUCAGCAGAUGGUCACUGGCCAGUCAGGGCUCUUCACACAGUACAACAUUCAGAAAAAGCCAAUGACAGUGAAGGAGUUCAAGCAGCUGGCCAACAGUGACAAAUACUGCACCCCAAGAUACGUAGAUUAUGAAGAUCUGGAGCGUAAAUACUGGAAGAACUUGACUUUUGUGGCACCAAUUUAUGGAGCAGAUAUCAAUGGGAGCAUUUAUGAUGAA